UCCCCCAAAACCAACCAUGAAGUUCGUGAUUGUUCUCGCCUGCCUUUUGGCUGUGGCCUUUGCCAACGAGGAGGCCGAUGUCCUGAAGAGCGACGCCGAGGUAAACGUGCUGGACUUUAACUAUGCCUACGAGCUGUCCAACCACAUCCGCGCCGUCCAAUCUGGCGCCUUGAAGGAGCACGAUAACUGGGUGGUUUCGGGCGAGUACGAAUAUGUGGCCCCCAACGGCAAGACCGUCAAGGUCGUCUACACCGCCGAUGAGACCGGCUACCACCCCAAGGUCGUCGAGGCCUAA